GGGGCGAAACGCGAAGAGAACCCCGCGAAGCGAGAGAGAGAGAGAGGGAGCGGGAGAAGGGAGGGGAGAGAGGGAGGAGGGAGGUGUGGCCGUGUGGGUGGAUCGAGGGAGCUCGCCAAUGUUCGUUAGGGUUUCGCCUCCAGCCUCCUCUCGCUGCUAGCCGCCGUGCGAUCCCAGAAGCUGCGGCGCCACUCGCCGUGGAACGCGCGCGUGGUCUCCAGGCUCCAGCGAUGGCGGACAAGGUUGGCAGGCGCGAGAAGGAGAGGUGGCAGGGCGAGUCGCUGACCAAGACCAUGAAGCGUGUCAAAGUGUACCGGUUGGAAGAAAAUGGAAAGUGGGAUGAUCACGGAACUGGGCACGCAACCAUUGACAAUAUCAUGGAGUCAGGAGAACGUGCUCUGGCUGUUGUGGAUGAAGAGGACAAUGACACCCUGCUGCUUCACAACAUUACACCUGAUGAUAUCUACAGGAAACAAGAAGAAACAAUCAUCUCAUGGAAAGAUCCUGAAAAGGCACUAGAGUUAGCACUGAGCUUUCAAGAAGCUGAAGGAUGCUCGUUUAUAUGGGAGAACAUGUGUAACAUACGGGAGGAACUACAAUCUGAAGUUCUCAGCUCUCAUGAGGUUGGUCCACAGCCAGCACAGAAAUCUCUAAAAGCCUCAAGUGAUUCCCUUUCGCGUGAUAAGCCCUUAUGUAAAGCUAGCAGUGGAUUGCAGGGACUUCCUCCUCUUGAGUUGUCCAAUCUUUCUGUUAUUUUAAAGACUAUAUUGGAAUAUGGAAUGAAGGAGCAGAUGCGGGUUAUCGAUCUAAUAUCAGAAGAUCGUGAUUUUUUCCCGAAGAUAGUGAAACUUUUCAGAACGUGCGAGGGUUUAGGAGACAUGGAUGGUCUCCACAUGAUCUUCAAAUUAAUCAAGGCAAUCAUAUCGUUGAACAGUUCCGCGAUAUUUGACGUGAUUUUCUCCGAUGAUCUUAUUCUUGACAUAAUUGGCGCCCUUGAGUACAAUCCAGAGGUUCGUAAUGUGCAAAAUCAUCGUGCUUUCCUGAAGGAGCAUGCAGUUUUCAAGGAGGCCAUACCCAUUAGAAAUGCUUCUGUGGUUUCAAAGAUUCACCAAACAUACAGAAUAAACUAUAUAAAGGAUGUUAUAUUACCGCCGAAAGUACUGGAUGACGCUACUCUGGCAAGCCUUAACACUAUGAUUCAUGCGAACAACGCUUUCGUUGUUUGUUUACUAAAGGAUGAUGCUUUGUUUAUCCAAGAACUAUUUGCUAAGAUGAGAUCUUCAAAUAUUUCUGCUGGAUCAAAAAGCGAACUGGUCUCUUUUUUGCUUGAGUUUUGUGAUCGCAGCAAAAGUUUGCAGCCCACUCAACAAAUACAACUAUUUAGGGAUCUGGCAAGUCAAGGUGUAUUUGAUAUCAUUUCUGAUGUGUUGCAGAGUCAAGAUAAAGUGCUUGUCUCGGAUGGGACAGGCAUCAUUCUGCAUUUUCUUAAUCAAGACCCUAACUUACUGGGAUCAUAUAUUGCAAAUCAAGAAGAAAAUCGUAGAGAAGGCGUUUCUCUUCUUGGGCUUUUAGUGCAAGGCAUGGUAACCGAAUUUGGUGGCGAGGUGCUCUCUCAGUUUCUGGAAAUUCUAAAGAUACUGCUGGAAUUUGCUCCGAAUACAGUUACACAUUGUAGAGCCGUUAUCGAGUUUUUUUACGAGAAUCACUUUGAUAUAUUGGUUGAUGUAAUUGAAUCAUCUUGUCUUCCAAAGAGUAUUGCGGGAUCAACAUUUGGUUCAGAUGGUGCUGGUAGAAGAUUUGACGAAUAUUCUGCUAAGCCUGAAAUAUUGUCCAACAUCUGCGAGUUUUUAUGCUUUUGCGUAGUUCAUCACCCCUACAAGAUCACGGUCAACUUUUUUACAAGGAAUUCAAUGGAGAAAAUCCUUACUCUGACCCGUCGGAGAGAGAGGUUUUUGGUUGUGGCAGCUGUUCGAUUUAUGCGUACUGUUAUUGGCAGAAAUGAUGCUUUUCUAAUUAGCCAUGUUAUCAGCCAGAACAUGUUGAAACCAAUUAUUGAAGCAUUUGUUGAAAAUGGGGAUAGAUACAAUAUGCUACACUCUGGAGUCCUUGAGUUGUUGGAAUACAUAAGAAAGGAAAAUCUAAACUCCCUUGUUGUAUAUGUUGUCGAGUCAUUUUGGAGCCAACUUCUGAGGUUUGAGCACUUGAAAAGCAUUCAAGCCUUCAAAAUCAAGUAUCAAGAGUUUGUGGAGAGUGCUGAAACAAAGCAAACUACUAGUGUGGGUCACAUGGGAAAGGCAGAUGAAAGAGGUCUUGAUAAGGACAGCAAUGAAGGUUCUGCUACACAGACGGCAAGUGAACAACAACAAUCCAUGGUUACGUCAGCCCAUGGAAGUGAAAUCCAUCACAUCCCUGCAAGGCCUAAAUCUGGUGGUCUUGUGGAUUAUGACGAUGAUGCGGAAGAUUAUAACACAUCGCCCAAAAGACCUCUAGAAGAUGAUGAGGCCUUAAAUAUACCCAUGGAAGGGCACAGUUCAUCGGACGGCAAAAAUACAGAUGGGAAGAUUCCAAAGAAGCCCAAGCUGGAUGCUGGAAUCAGCUUCUCUAACAUGAGUAUAGCUAAUGUGGCUGGCAGGCAGUCAGAUCUGAAAGAUAAGCAGCCACUGCUCUCACCUGUCUCAGGCACGGAAAAUUCUGGCGGCAAUGAUGAUGUAGGGGAUGGAAACCCAGGCUCUCCAAUUCAACAACAUGCCCCAGAAAGUUUGGAUCUCACGCAUAAAACUGGAGAUGAUUGUAUAGGAGCUGCUGGGGAAAAAAAGAUGGAAGCAGAUUCAGCAAAAGCAACCGAUUCGGAGCCUGAUACAUCAAAAUGACAGUCGUUUUUUCUCUGUGAAUUGCCUUCAACCCAACCAUCACUAGAAGGAAAUGCAUCAGAAGGCUACAUUCAUGAUAUCCCAAACUUUGAGCCUGCAAGCAUGGCUGAAGCUGAGAUAAUUCUGGGCACAGCUGCCCUUGUGAAAGUGUAGAACUGAUAUUCAAUGACAGAAUUUGAAGCUGAGAAUGAAAACACAGCUUUUGUCUCGGUUGUAUAGGAAAAAGAAAUCUCGAACACAUGCUAUAUAGGAAAAUGGUCUAGCCACUUAUUUUUUGUUGCAUUAGCCUAGUAUGACCAAUUUUAGAUUUCGCAGGGGCACAGAAUCCACCCUUUGCUUGAGUCUUUUCUCCCUCCGUGGUAUGACUGGCAGAAGCUGCUCUCUUGUAAAACCUAUACUCCGUAGAUUAGUUUGGCUCACAAAAGCUGCUCCGUUCAGCAAUUCCAGAUGGUAGUACAAAUAUGAUUACCAGCAAUCAAUCUUCUGUACGUGACAUAGGUGGUGCAUAAAUGGUUUCGUGGUGUA